GUGUAACCUUGUACCACUUAAAUUGUGAGUUUAUUUUGUUCGACUUUUUUUGUUUUUUAUUUCAUUUUAACAACGAAGGAUCAGAUUUUUAACAAAUGGCUUCUCUUGGAAUGUUCCUACGACAAGGUUUAGUUGGUAAUAAUAUGAAGAAUAACUGUUGGAUCUUGCACUGAAAUGACGUUGUUUAAACUCAUGAUGAAUUUAUUUUAAACAUAAAAUCUGACCUGCUUAGUCGAAUGUCUAAAGUAGUACCACUUUCGAACAAUGUUGUUCACGAUGUUAGCCCCAGGAUUAGGAUUACAUCAAUUCUAUAGACUGUGGUGAUAUUUGAAAUAUUGAAAGUAAGCAGAAUAAACGUCUGCCGACUUACUGACCGCUACCGAGCUUAGCGUGUCGAAUCAGAAAACAUGCGACAUCACCUCUUAACUGUGCAGAUGGCAGCAACCAGCAGACAUAACUGCGAGAAAUCCAGAGCAAAUGGUGGUCGGAAUUUUCGGAAACAAUCAACACUUGUGCUGACUCCAUGGUUGAAGAAGUUUGUACUCAAUUUAUUCUCUUCUUUGUCACAUUUAUUUUAUGUGAUAUUUUCUUCUCUGUGAUAGUUUCUUCUAUGUGAUAGUUUCUUCUAUGUGAAUUUGUUUAUUCUCUCUGUGAAAUUUGCUUCUGCGUAAUACAUUCUCCUCUGUGAUUGUUCUUCUCUGUCAUAGUUUAUUUUCUGUUACAUUCUUCUCUACAAUACAUUCUUCUCUGUCAUAGUUUCUUCUCUGUGACAUUUUCUUCUCUGUGAUACAUUCUUCCCUGUGAUACAUUCUUCUCGGUCAUAGUUUCUUCUCUGUGAUAUUUUCUUUUCUGUGAUAGUUUUUAUCUGUGAUACAUUCUUCUCUGUGAUAUUUUCUUCACUGUGAUAGUUUCUUUUGUGUCUAUAUUUUCUUCGCUUUGAUCAAGUGAAUAGACAUAUAGUUCGACACAUUGUAAUAUUGCAGUUUUUAUUUCGAAAUUUUAAUUAUAGAAUCUUCAAUUUUACCUUCAUUUCUCACUCUAGAAUCAACUCUACCAUGUCUCAUUAAUGGGACAAUUGUGAAAGUGGCUUCCCAAAAUAAAAUUUUAAAUGAAGUUUAGAAGAUAUUGUGAGCUGUGAAUGACUUUAAGUAAAAUAAUUUAUAUUUAUGAAUUAUAAAUAACUUUUUUUCGCUAGGAUGUAGAGAAAUAAUUAAUUUAAAAAAAAAAACAGUAAAAACCUACAGAGAAGUAGGUGUUGACAUAUUUGACCAUGCUUUAGGUAUUUAUAUCUAAAAUGUAUUGAAAAGUCCUUUUUGUAUUACGAAAACAUUCGUCUUUAUCUCUCUCAAUGUUUCAACUUGUAUUCAUACUUUCAGAAUGAUGUUUACAUCUACUAUCAAGCAUCACCUUAAAGUGAUCAUUUGCAUUGGAGUUUUUGUAUUGGUUGUUAUCAAUUUAUUCAACCUGACGACAGCUGGCCGUCUGCACCGACUUUUGUUUCACAGACUUAACUUUUUUAAAAACCGAGAGACAGCGGUUGCCACAGACCCUUGGCAAAAUAUAAGUCUUGGCUGCAUUAUCAUAAAUAGAACGCUACAAUCGUUUAAAGACACAGUGUCUAACUCGAACUUCACUGAUGACCUGUUAGUGAAUUUAUCCACAACGGACAGACCAGUCUCCGAAGUCACAGAAUUUUCUGGCUAUUUUCAGAACCUGACCUACUUCCAGAAAAAGCAAACGCCCAUUUCCAAAAUCCCAUCAACCUUUAAGAUAUCGUGUGAAGCAAUCUGUGCCUUGGAUCCCAUGGAAAUGUUGAUUAUUUUAAUGAGCUUGCCCGGUGAAACUAAAACGAGGCUGGAUAUCAGGACGACAUGGGCGUCUCAGCUCUACGGUGGUUCCUGGUAUCAAAAUGAAAUCGUCAGGAUGGCAUUUUUCUUUGGCGGAGCUGGGCUAAGGAUUGAUGAAGUUCGAGCUUUGAAGCUAGAGUCUGACCAAUACGGGGAUAUUGUUGUUGCAGAUUUUCAGGAAUCAUAUCAAAAUCUUUCACUCAAGCUGGCUACAUCGCUUACAUGGACAGUUCAACAUUGUCCACGUGCCAAGUAUGUUGCUAAAAUCGACACAGAUGUUUUUGCCCAUGUUCCGAUGCUCCUUCAGUUUGUCAGAAACAUAUCUCAAUUUCACACACAUUUUGUCGUAGGGCGCCAACACGGUUCCACGAAACCAGGUGUGACGCGAGCAGGGAGGUGGGCAGUCUCACAAGACGUUUACCCGCUGAACGUCUUCCCGAAAUACAUCUACGGUCAUUCUUAUGUCAUUUCGUCCCCUGCAGUCCAGCUGAUGGUCAAGAGGUUCCCGUAUGUUGCCAUUGUCCCCAACGAAGAUGCUUUUAUUACGGGCAUCAUGGCCAAGAUGUUGAAUAUAACCAGGCUCUCUAGUAAUGUGUUCGCCUACUCGCUGACAAAGUAUUCUGUCUGUGAUUUCACGUAUCGAAACUUUGUCACAGCGAUGUGUAAACCUGAGUUCCUGCAACACGUUUGGCAAUCAAUGAGUUCUGGGUCAUGUUCCAAAACUGUUGUUAGUGAAUUUAGUUAACUCUAUUGUGAGCCUAUUUAGUUAAUCUUGCCAAUCAACUAAUCAACCUACCUCUGCUAAGUUAGAUAAUUCGUUUUAUCCAAUUAUUUCAUCGAAUUAAGCUAUGAUCUCUGAAUAAGAAUCUUAUUCACGACGUUAUAUUAUCUCCUCAUAUACGGGGUGCAGAUUUGUUAAUUUAUAACAAAUAUGGAUUUGUAUUUUUAAUAACCUUGUGCUUAUUUUCUUUAAUAUUUUCGUUGGACACUGAUUUACGAGAUGGCCAAGGAUAUUGCACUUACUUUAGACCUUUCAUUUUCAAUGUAUAAUUUUUUGAAACUUUUUGUAAUAUAAUCAUAAAUCAAAUGUAAAUUAUUGGACUCGACUUAUAAGAAAUUGUUCACCACUUUAUCCUACACUCACCCCCUCUACGGCAAACACACACUCCAAUUCAAUUAUUCACAAAUAUAUCCUACUUCCUCUCAAAAAAAUUUAAAUUAUUCACCAGUGUAUACUGUAUCCAACAUUUUACCCAAAUCAACAAUUUGAUUGGCGGGAUGACAGUAGCACAAAUUACGACGUUAUUGAACGAUUGAAGAUACGUUUUUGUUUCCUUUUAUUUCAAUUGGUCUAGACUUCUUUUCUGCUCUAGAAAAAAACUAUAUAAAAUAUAA